UUGCGUCUAGAAAAAAAGAUUGUUUUUAUUGAAAAGUGAAAAAUUCCAAUAAGAAAUAUAUUUGUAAUUGUCGUCGUGGUCGCUAAAGUUUCGUUCGCGUUCUUCUUCGUUUUCUACAUUCGAUUUGAGCUAGAUAUUUUUACUUCAUAAUACGAAUUGAAAUUUCCAUUAGUUUUCCAUCAAAAAGGUGAGAAAGUGAACGACGAAUCUUUAAAUACGAUAUGUAUCAAGUUGAAUAUAUUGGAUUUAAUGCUGAUGUUAAUAAAAUAAUAAAUUUGAGCAUUUUAAUUACUUGAGUAAACUGGUACAUGAAGCUAAACAAUUUUCAAUACGUAUAUACAUACAUAUGUACAUAUAUCGAAUUGAGUAGUUGUUCAUUUGCAUUUCAUGAACACAUCGGAGUAAAGAAGCAGACAUUAAAUGUAGAUGUAACAGCUGCAUCUGCAUACAAGUAAAAAAGCUGUAGUGACAGUGCGAAGGCAUUUGAUGCAGCGUCAAGAGAAGCUUCGGAGGACAGCAAUAUGCUAAAGUAAAGGGAGGAGAAUCCUCUCCUAGUGUGUGUAUGCAGAUGACUUGCCCUAUUAAUUGAAAAUAUUCGUAUCGAAUCAUACUCAUGAACAAACGGUGGUGAGGAAUUUGUGUUAAAGAUUGCUGUGGUGCAUGCCAGCCCUUAGCACGUGGUACAUGAAAACUUGAUUAUACUUCAACUCGCUUUCACUCCAUUUGCUGAUAAAAAUGGGCGCGACCGCUUCGACCAGCGGCUAUCAAAUGCCAGCCGUAACCAGCAAUAGUGGGGGAGGUAGUUCUGGUUUAUUGCUGCCGUCCUCAACCGCUAUGUCAGCCAGUUCUUCUGGCAGUGGCGGUGGCCCGGGUGGCAGCUCAUCAGCUAUGAAUGCGACAGGCGUUGGCGUUCCUCAUUUCCGGGAGCAGCGGCGAAAGCGAGUAACCGGAUUUGCAACGCUUAAAAGGAAAUUCAUACGUCGCCGACGCUCUUCAAAAGCCUGUGAUCAUGCGCGUGUCCUUCGGGAUUUUGUAUCCGAUUGGACGCCAUUAGAGUUGGCGGCGUUGUGUGAAGAAUAUGAAGCAUUGGCGGCGCUAAGGGACUUAUCGGUGCAGGCGGAAUUGGCGCGGCCACCCGCAACAACAUUCAAGCAGGACUUAGCUGCAAUUUAUGAGAUGAAAACUUGCACAGACUGUGACCUUGUGUUUCGCGGCACUAUAUUUCCGGUGCAUAGAUCUAUACUAUCAUCUCGUUGUUCGUAUUUUCGAGAUUUGUUGGCGGGUUGUCCGGGUUUUGGUGCGCGUAUUUGUCUCGAACUGCCAACCUCGCCCAUCGAUGUGCAGAUGUUCUCAUCGUUAUUGCGUUACCUGUACACGGGCGAUCUAUGUCCACAUGACCCAUCUAUUGACAUCGGCUUGUUGCGGCAGUUGAGCGAUGAUUUUGGCACACCAAAUCCGUUGGAGCACGAUCUGCGAUAUUUGCUUGAGACGGGUGAUUAUGCAGAUGCCGCAUUAGUGUUCACAGUUGAGGGCAAUGAUUAUCAUCGGCCCGAUUCAGGUAGUUCUGAGUAUGGUUUUAGGCCAAAAUUGGAGUUGCCUUGUCACAAGGCUAUUCUUAGCGCUCGCUCGCCAUUCUUUCGUAAUCUCAUAGCACGUCGAACGCGCAACAUUGAUGAAUAUACGGAACGAGCAUUGCAUGUGCCAACGCGAAUUGUGCUAGAUGAGACGGUGAUACCGAAGAGAUAUGCGCGGGUGCUAUUACAUGCCAUUUAUCUGGAUACAGUCGAUUUGACACUUAUAUUACGUGGUGCUGGAUCUGGUAAUUCGGCAGGAUCUUUGGGUGAGGUGCAUGCGUUGACGAAUACCGGACGUGCGCGUCCUACACCUUUGGAGGAGGCUAUGGAGCUUUACCAAAUCGGCAGGUUUCUCGAAUUAGACAUUUUAGCGCAAGGUUGCGAGGAUUUGAUACUUGAGUGGCUAACGUUGGACACACUGCCCACGGUAUUGAGGUGGGGCUCGCAGGCCCACGGUUCGGCUUGGGUAUAUCGACAAGCAUGUCAAUAUCUACGAGAAGAAUUUUCAGCAGUUAUUGCGUCACCGGUGCUGCACCAGCUCGAUAAAUCUCAGUUGAUACAUGUGUUGCAAAGCAACUUUCUGCAGGCAUCAGAGCUCGAGGUACUGCAAGCUGUGCUUAAAUGGGGCGAGCAGGAGCUCAUCCGACGUAUGGAAGAUCGCGAACCAAAUAUCGUGUCGCACACAGCACACUCCGUUACAAGAAAGGGCGUGAAAAAGCGAGAUCUUAGCGAUGUUGAAUUGCGAGAGAUUCUAUCGGAAUUGCUGCCAUUAGUUCGUAUGGACCAUGUUUUGCCGCCCAAUAGCGAAGUGCUCGCACAGGCUAUACGACGUGGCUUGGUGAGUACGCCACCUUCGCAUAUGAUUAGCGAUGAUAGAGAAAACUUGCGAGUCAACGCUUGGAUACGUGGCGGCAAAAACCAAGGUCUCUUUGUAAGGCCACGUCUUUUCAUGCCGUAUUUUGAAGAAGUGAAAGUUUUACUCGAGGAUAGAAUGGCGUCUUCCCAUCACCAGGCUGAACUAAUGCGCAUGCGACGGUCACGCCAUCUGCCCGACAUACCGGAUACCUUGUACAUGGUGUCUCGCAUAAGCGCAGCUAAAAAACCAACCGUUCCGACAGCAGCUGCAGUAACAGGUAAAGAGAGUGUUAACAUUUUGGCUGCGGCAGCGGCUAUACCGCCACCUGACACACAAACAUUGGCCGCAUUGCUGAAGCGAGAGCAUAAAUUACACCAAUCACCAAUGUGCCAGCGUGCACUGCUAUUGCCGCUCUCGUCCAAGCACGAAAUCGAUCGACAGAUACGUUUGCGUGUGGUGCGUGAAUUCAAUCUGCCUGAUGCAGUGUCAGACCUGUUGGAGACGUCGUUACUAAGCAAGCAAAAUGCUGCAAAUGCAGCCGCUGCGUCAGCUGCUGCCGCUGUAACAAGUGUUGCAGAAGACUCUGGCAUCACAUCUACUACUCAAACUGAUCCAGCACUCAUUGAAGAUGAAGACCAAACGCCACCACCAUCCCCAGCUGCAGCAGGAUCUGUGCCACGACUCACUGUCACUGGAGGCUUCCUAUCGACAUCCGUUGGUUCAUCGGCAGCAUCAUCUACGUGUGGCGGAGAGGGCAUACAACCCUGUUAUAGUCGAAACUUAACAUUCCCUCGUCAGCAUCCUGGCGGUUUACUUGGUUUAGGAAGCAGUGUAGGUAUAGGUAUGCUGACAAAUGUCGGUGGUGGCGGCAGUGGGGUACUUCAAGCGAAUUACGCUCGCUUAUCGGCCUCCGUGCAUCAUCGAAACGAUUUACCUGCGUUAAUUACAGAAGGGGAUUAUAGAUUUCCACAUGGCAGCGCUUUAGGCAUAAACGUAGGUGCUGAGGCCGGUGGCGCAGUCGGCUGUGGAGAUGGUGGCAACGGUGGCCAUUUAUCGGACAUGAUGCCCGAUGUAGCCAUGGCGACAGCAUCAUUGGGACAACUACAUUUGGCGAAUAGCGCCAGUAACAGCAACAGUGGUGACAUGCAUGAAAGUUUGCAACUCGAUUUGGGUGACGGAUCAAGUCAUUUAAUGGGUAGUGGCGCGCCUGGCGCUGUUGUACCGAUGGGCUUACGCGGCUUACAGCAUCAACUGCCGCCAAGCAAUUAUCACCACUUCAUGCAACGCUCAAAUUCACCAUUCGAUAUGCUGCGCCAAGGGCAGCAUUCACCGGCACCGCAUCCACCACCUGGGAGCUACAAUUCAGGGCCGCCCAGAUUCUUAUAGAGUUUGCGAGUGGCCCCUGAUCAGGGCCUUUAUUUUAGCAUGCCUUUUUGAGGAACACAUUAAAAUUUAUCCAAAAUUACGUUGCGGGCAUAAUUUUAUGAAAACACGGCACCGCGCAUAUUGAAACUUGCUCUUAGGAUAACCAACCGAAAUACAUACAUAUAUAUUUAAACAAAUAAUUGGCGAUUUAUACUAUUAGCCAUUUUCGGGUGACCUCCUUCUGCUCUUCUUGGUGUUUAUCCAAACAAUGGAGGGACCUACAACUUUAUGCCGCGAACGGCUAAUGGAUUUUAAUGAGGAGUGAUCCCCAUAGUAGCACGUACUGCUACAAUUUUUCUACGGCGAUCGCCAUUGCAUGCAAAUUCAUACAGCCAAUUUCAUCAGUUACUUUUGAGUGGCGCAGUUUACAGCAGAGGAUCAACUACAAAAAAUUGCCUCAGUGCUGGAUAUUAUUUUGUAUUGGGAUUUUUUCAUUUACAAAAUUUCGCAUAUCAAUUUGAUAAUAACUACGAGGCGGAGCACAAUGAUUGCCACCGAAUGCAGUUUCCAUAUGCGUAAUUCUAUUAGUAGAAAGUAUUAUGUGGGAGCCCGUGCCAAAAUCCUGUUUAUAUGAUAUUGCACUCAAAAUUCAAAUAAAAGCUAAAAUAAGGGACAAACAUAAUGAAAUGAAGUAAAGUUACACAAUGAAAGAAAAUAAGACAUUACACUCGCACAUAAAAUAAUUAAAAUAAUUUUUAGCCCAGUGUCAGAUGGCAAGAGGAGUAAUCAGCGGAAAGGUGCUACGUUACAUCCUUUCAUUGUAAAGUAAUGUAAUAAAAUGCAAAGAUAGGUAGGAAAAAGAAGGGAGUACAGUGGCAAAUACCGAUUGCAUAUAAAUAUUUAAUUAAAAAACUAAAGUUGUUAGCAAACAAAACCCGUUAAAAUGUGUGGAUAUAUGUAUAUACAAAUUAAAAAUAUCUGAACUUGCGUAUACACACUCAAGUAUUAAAUUAUUUAGGUUCGAAAUAUUAAUAGCAUACGUACAAUUGUAUAAUAUAUAUAUAUAUAUAAACAAGCAGUUAGAUAAACACCUUUUUUCCUUUAGGUAAAAAAGAAACAUACACAGAAAGCGUUUGUUUCUUGCGGUGCAAGCGAAUCAUAAAUAUUUUGAGUCUGCGAAAAAUUUAGCAGGAAACCGCAACUGUUAAUGAAUAUUCUAAAAAAUCGUUAAGAAGUAAAUUAAAUUAAUAAUUUGUCAACAAAUAAUAAUUUAAAUAAAAUAGAUAUUAUGCAUUUGUAUGCGCGUCAACCGUCAAAUAUUUCAUUUAAUUUUCCAUCAACUCUCAGUUUGGAUUAGUUGUCAUAUAUUACAUCGCUUUCAAAUUGAAACAUGCAUUUUAGAUCUGUCCAAAGUUCAGCUCGGACAUUUUUUUUUUUUUUUUACUAAUUUUCACCCCUCGCGCUUGUUCUUCAUUGUGAGAUCUCGAAAUGAAAUCAUCGGUCAAGUAAUAGAACAAUCAAAACUCCUUUCUUAUUUCAUAUACGUCAUGUGCAUCUACAAUAAUUAUUUCGAAUGAUUUUGUCCAAUAUAUAUAUAUACAUAUAUAAAUAUAAAUUAUUUUUAAAUUGGAUU